GGAGACCCAGUUUUGUAAUCAAUCUGUUCCUAAUAGAUCCAAAUAGAUGAAAAACUAACAUGGAUUCUCCCCAAAUAACAACAAAAGUCGAUCAGCAAUAUCUUUGUUAUAUUUCUACUAGCUGCAGUCUUCAAUUUCGCACCACGUAACAAACAAUACUAUUCACUUAUAUAGAUGAUGAUGAUGAUGCUGUCUAUAUAUAUAUUCAAUAACGAUUAUGGUACUCAUCAUUGUCAUCAUCAUUAAGGAAUAAGGGUGCUCUGCCAUUGCUGGUGUUCAUCAUCAACAAGCUCUAUAAGGUUCAGGCACAGAGGAGUUAGAAGCUGACAUAAUGAAGCAGGAGGAAGAGCGCCUUCUAGCCCAUGUACAAGAAUACCCUUCUGAUCAUUCUCAAUACGAUCCUCUUCCUUCAAUUCUUGUCAAAUAUCUUUACAUAGGCCACUUUUUGGCCAGAUGGGGUGCCAGAAUGUGGGAAUUCUCUGUUGGUUUAUACAUGAUAAAUGUAUGGCCAGACUCUCUACUCUUUGCUGCUACAUAUGGUGUGGUGGAAUCAGCCUCUACUGCGCUUUUUGGACCUUUGGUCGGACGGUGGGUGGAUAGAUUCUCAUAUGUAAAGAUUCUUCGAGUUUGGUUAGUAACACAAAAUCUCUCUUUUAUGAUUGCCGGAGCCACCGUGAUGGCGUUACUGAUCUACCCAGAUCUAAAGCUCACGAAUUUCAAUGCAUUUGUUUUACUUAUCAUAUUAACCAACAUCUCUGGAGCUCUUGGAGUUCUCUCCACUCUUGCUGGUACCAUCUUAGUUGAAAGAGACUGGGUUGUGGUGAUAUCAGAAGGGCAUUCUCCAGAAGUACUAACAAACAUGAAUUCGGUCAUUAGGCGUAUUGAUCUUUUCUCCAAGCUAUGUGCUCCGGUGGUAACCGGCUUCAUCAUCAGCUUUGUAUCACUAAAAGCUUCUGCUUUAACUUUAGCACUCUGGAAUACUAUAUCUGUUUGGCUGGAAUACUGGCUAUUCAUUUCUGUGUAUAAUGGGAUUCCGGCUUUAGGCGAAAGCAGCCAAAGGAAGAUAUCAAGACCUUCUCAGAGUGAUCUUGAAGGCACAGGCACAUCUACUUCUCAAGAGAGGAGCAGCUUGCUUUUUAAAGAUGAAAAUGAUCCAGAAUUCGCAGAGGAAAGCUGGAUUACUGGGGUUAUUAAAACGGUAUCAAGGAUCCCUUAUGUUAGUGCUUGGAGUGUGUAUUUGCAGCAAGAUGUUGUACUCCCUGGAGUAUCUCUGGCUUUGUUAUAUUUCACUGUACUCAGCUUUGGAACAUUGAUGACAGCUACCUUGGAAUGGGAAGGCAUACCUGCAUACACCAUUGGGAUAGCUCGUGGAAUAAGCGCUGCAAUUGGAAUUACUGCAACAAUUGUUUAUCCCAUCUUGCAAUCUCAUAUCUUAACACUUAGAACCGGACUCUGGUCUAUCUGGUCUCAGUGGACCUUCCUCCUAUUAUGUGUUGCUUCAAUAUGGAUCCAUAAGAGAAUUUGGUCAGCAUAUAUGCUAAUGGCAGGAGUGGCUACUUCUCGGCUUGGGUUGUGGAUGUUUGAUUUGGCUGUCAUCCAACAAAUGCAGGAUCAUGUUCCUGAAUCAGAUCGUUGUGUAGUGGGAGGUGUUCAAAACUCCCUUCAGUCCAGCAUGGAUUUGAUGGGCUAUGUCAUGGGAAUAAUCAUAUCUAAUCCACAGGAAUUCUGGAAGUUGACUGUGGUCUCGUUUGCCGUGGCAACAUUGGCUGCAUUGCUCUAUACCCUGCACCUGUACCGCGUCCGAAAGCACCUCCUUCACUUGGAGAAAUUAACCGCCUUUCUGAAAUGCUUCACCAGUUCACAAUCUGAAAAUUCAUAAUGGUUGGGCCUCCAUUUCGCUCCUCAUUUGAAAAUUCAUAAUCUGCAGUGUUGUUCAUAUGUGGUGCAACGCAAGUUAUGUAACUUCAAAGCUGGGACUCCAUCAUGCUUCUUUGAUAUGUAUAUUAAAUUUGAUUAGUAAUUGUAGUCGGAUACAUUUAAGCUUUGGAAGGAAAAUUUGCAAACCAUACAUUGUCACCAGAUGUGGUGGUAUCUUUUGAAGGUAUUGGUGUGAAAUUCCACCCUCAACUGGGCAUCUAAAUCCCUUCUUAUGAGAGUAAAUUUAUCUAUUGGUUAUGAAACUACAGUACCACACACUAUAUCAAGAUCUUUUUGUAAAACUGUUUAUCCCUUUGACGUUUCAAAUUGCUAAAGUCGGGGAAAUAUUAACAUGUUGGAUAAACCCUA